AGCAAGCUUGUCAUCUCAAGAAUGCUUAUUGUAUCAAUGGCAUACUUUCUCCUGUUAGGGUCUGAUGCAACAGUGGUUCUUAAUGUCAACACUACUGUCAGCAAAUCAGUGGUACUUCCAUGUAUACUGAUCACCCCCACUCCCAUUGGCUUAAACAAUUUACGUUUUUACUGGCAAGAUGAAGGAAAAUACGUACUGUACUCUUUUAAUAAGGGAGUGGAGAAGCCUGCACAUGUAAAGGAACUUUAUCAAGCCAGGGUCACAGCCUUCCCACAGGACAUGAUAACAGGAAAUAUUUCAGUUAAACUUAGAAACAUAACACUUGAAGAUAACCAAAAGGUUUUCCAGGCUUUUGCACCAGUUUCUGAUAGCAGAAGGAAACCCAUUGUUACACCCAUCUGCCAAAUAACUUUACAUGUUGCAGUUCCUUACAAGAGUGCCAGGCUGACUGUAAAUGAAGAAAAAAUGACUGCAGUCUGCACUACACAAAAAGGAUUCCCUAAGCCUUGGGUAGAGUGGAGACUUCAUUACCUAUCUGACAAAAGCCAACACUUAGUUGACCAGAGGGAUGUAAACACUACAGCGGUGCAGGACCCUCGGGAUCAUCUCUACAGUCUCAGAAGCACUAUACAUAUCCCUGGGGAUCAAUAUCAAUCUAUGACUUGCCUCAUCUACAACCCUACCCAAAAUGAGACUUUGAUCACCACCCACGAUUUAAACAAAGGUGAAGCAAAGAAGAACCUCCCUGACUGGGCCACAGCUCUGAUAGUGACUGUUGCUGUAGUUCUCAGCUUAUGCUGCAGUUGCGUAGCACAUCACUUGUACUGGAGAACCAGACAGUCUUCUUCCUCACCUGACUGCGAUGAUUUAUGAUCCUCACUACAUCUGGAAUAAAAAAAAGGAAUAUAUUUCAAAAUUUAACAUUAAUCAUAAUUAAAAUUCUCUACACAAGG